CGAGGAAAGAGAACAAUGUGGAAAGCAGCAGUGUUUGUGUUCCUGCUGUUAAACAUGGAUUUGCAGGUGAGUGGGGCUGUAGAUAAGACAAGGCGGUCCGUGGCAGAAAACUCCAGGCCAGAGAAGAAGGUGGAGACUGAGGAGGCUGAAGCCACCAGCACCAUUCAUGCACGUGACACUGGUUCUUCAGGUUUCUUGGGCAACUUGCUGGUGGUACCCAUGGAUGGGAGUCACUGGGUGGGAAUAAAGGCUGUUGCCCAAGAAAUGGGUCGGCGUGGGCACCGGGUCACUGUGGUGAUACCAGAGGUCAGCAUACGGAUGGGUCCCGGGAAACACUACGACACUGUCACCUAUCCUGUUCCUUAUGACAGGGAGUAUAUUGAUUCAAUCAUGUCAACACACAAGGACAUAUUGCACAAAUCUUCACAGUCGUUCACGGACAAAAUAAGGAAACGAUUUUCACAAAUCCAGAGAAUUACAAGUUUUAUCCACACCACUGCAGAGCGCCUACUGUUCAAUGCCAGUAUCAUUUCACAUCUGGCACAGCAGAAAUUUGAUGCUGUCUUAACAGACCCCAUGGUGCCCACAGGCUCGUUAAUAGCUCGGAAAUUAGGUAUCCCCACUAUUAAUUUGCUGAGGGGAAUUCCUUGUUCCUUGGAUAUGAUGUCUGCAGGCUGCCCCUCCCCACCAUCAUAUGUGCCUCGUUUCUUCACUGGAUACACAGACAGAAUGAGCUUCAAGGAGAGAACUUUUAACACCUUGGUGGCUUUACUGGAGCCGCUGCUAUGUCGACUGCUGUUUUGGCACUUUGACAACAUAGCCCAUGAGUUCCUGGGAGAGGAGGUGGCCGUGGCUGAAGUGCUGUCAGACUCUGCUAUCUGGCUGCUGAGGAUUGACUUUGCGCUGGAGUUGCCACGCCCUCUCAUGCCGAAUAUAGUUCUAGUUGGUGGAAUCAACUGCAAUGUGAGAAACCCUCUGCCUGAAGAUUUGGAGUCCUGGGUGUCAGGAGCGCAUGGCUUUAUAGUGUUCACUCUGGGCACCAUGGUGUCAGACCUGCCAAAAGAGAUAACCGCCGUCUUCUUAGAAGCCUUCAGACAGAUUCCACAGAAGGUAAUAUGGAGGUACACUGGGCAGGUUUCAGAAAGUGUCCCAGAGAAUGUGAAGAUGAUGAAAUGGGUGCCUCAGAAUGACCUGCUAGCACAUCCUGGAGCUCGAGCUUUCAUCACUCACGCUGGCUCACAUGGUCUCUUCGAGGGACUGUGUCACGCUGUUCCCAUGGUGAUGGUGCCAAUUGCGGGGGACCAGCCUGACAAUGCACAUAAGUUUGCAAGCAAAGGAGCGGGAGUGGUGUUGGAUAUUGUGUCAAUCACUACGGAAAGUCUUCUUCAGGCCCUGAAUGGGGUCAUCAAUGACACCAGGUAUAAAGACAGUGUGCAGAAGCUGUCAGCUCUCCAUAAAGACAGACCAGUCGACCCACUUGACCUUUCAGUGUACUGGACAGAAUUUGUAAUGCGGCACAAAGGGGCGAAACAUCUCAGACCUGCUGUCCAUGAACUCAACUGGCUCCAGUACUACUGCCUGGAUGUAAUAGCGCUACUGGCUAUUGUAGUGCUGUUUUUUGUAAUGGUGACAGUAAAAUGCUUGAAACUAUGCUUCUGGAUACUGAGCAGAAAGAGGAAGCAGGACUAACCUGGUGUUACCUUUGAACCUUCAUCUAAGCAACAAACUGUUUGUUAAGGGAGAUUGAAAAGUCAAUACCAUUUAAAUAGUAGUGCAAAGUAAACCUGUUUAUGGUUUAAAGGGGAGACAUGGUGUAAGAAGAAUAAGGGAAUCUAUGGGGUGAUCAAAAAGACAUUUAAUAAACAGAUAAUACAGAUUAUUAUUAGACUGCAUUAUGGACUGGGCUUGAGGGACAAUGAUUAGUAUGUCGUCUUCACUACAGCGUAGGAGCUGCUGCUUUCCAAAUAGUUAAACUCUUCCUUGCAAAAUGAUUAGUUGAGUCACACUGAAGCUUUUCUUGGUGUUUACUGUGGCUCUCAACAUCUUCUUACAUAGACAGGUUGAAUACUGUAACACGACGGAAUACCAAAUAUCACAGUUUUGUUAGCUACAUGAGUUUUUUCCCCCUAUGUAAAUAUAAGUAAAAUAAAAUGUUUUAAUUACAAA